GAUUGUUGUUGUUGUUCAGAAGUCCACCGCUAGAGGUCGACAAACUACCACUGACAACUGGAAGCAGUCGGAAGCUGAGCGCGUGCUGUCCAACAAAAACACAACAAUGAGAGCGAUUAUCCAGAGGGUGACCAAGGCGAGGGUGACAGUGGGAGAGGAAGAGGUCAGCUCCAUCGGACGGGGAAUCUGCGUCCUGCUCGGGAUUUCUGUGGACGACACUCAGAGAGAUGCCGAGUACAUGGUCCGGAAGAUCCUGAACCUGCGGCUGUUUGAGGACGAGAACGGCCGGGCUUGGGCUAAAAGCGUGGUGGAGAGGGACCUGGAGGUGCUGUGUGUGAGCCAGUUCACCCUGCAGUGCAUCCUGAAGGGUAACAAGCCGGACUUCCACUCAGCCAUGCCUGCAGAACUCGCCCAGCCCUUCUACAACAGCAUCCUGGAGAGCAUGAGGAGCGCCUACAAGCCUGAGCUCAUUAAAGAUGGGAAGUUUGGGGCCUACAUGCAGGUCCACAUUCAGAACGAUGGUCCAGUCACCAUUGAGCUGACAUCCCCGGCUCGUCCCACAGACCCCAAACAGUUUUCAAAGUUGGAGAAGCAGCAGCUAAGAAAGGAGAAGACGUGUUCUAAAGGACCCUCAGAGUCGGGAAGGGAGAAAGGAUCUCUGCGACCCAGAGCGGAUCCCAGCGCCAGCAGCGGGGCGGAGGAUGACGUGUCCUCAGACAGGGAGCCGUGAUGGAGCAGGGUGAGGAUGAAUGAUUGAGAACAAAGUCUGGACCGGAUUGUGAACCGAGUGAACUCAGGAAGAACUCUUAGACCCAUUCAUGGACCGACAUGCCUCUGUUCAGAGAUCUCCAACAUCCAACAUGGUUCCUUCCUGCUAUUAGCAGACGCUCCGAUCAAACAGGACAGACUGAAUGAGGCCCAGUAGCCUUUUUGUCCCCAGUGUCCUUGUUUCUGUUUGUCCUCCUCAAGCUGUCUCUGUUGGAUUCUCUUCUCUCUGUUUAAUAUCCGGAUCCUCUUGUCUGACACAACACUGACUAUACCUGACCACCACCUCCUCACUGGUACCUUUGUUCUUCCAAAGGCCUGUUUAACGUUGUCACCAGAUUGUUUGUUCUGGGAUCAAACUGGAAUGUCUCUGUAACCAAUAGAGACGCUAAUAGAUGCUUUAAAUAACAGCCUCCUCAUCCUGAUGGCCAUGUCCUGGUUUUCUUUCUGCAUGCAUGGACACAUCUUGUUUUUUUUUUUUUGCAGACUAAGUAACUAAAUGAGCCCAGCAACAUGCAGCCGUCACCUCGGGAGCUAAUUAGCUGAAAAAUGGAGGCAAAGCCUAACCGAACAGAAGAGCAGAAGCUGUUUCUUAAUUAUUGUUCAUGUGAAAAUGUGUGAGCAGAUCAUUUUAAGUUUUGAUCAAAUGAAUUUUACCGUGAGAUAUUUGGCCGUUUGUGUAAAGGAGGCAUCCGGAGAGACUUUAGGCUCUUCUUUUGGAAAUCAGUUAGUAGCACCUAAAAAAAAGAAAAAUUCUUUGCUUUUUCCUUGUUGCCUCCUUAAAUAUGGAGUGAAUUUUAUUCCGUUAUUGUUGCAAGCAAAGCAAAGAUACAUUUCUAUUGGACUGGAUGGAGAGUUAGCAACAGCUUUUUCUUUGUCAAUGUGUGCAUCGCUAGUGAGACUUUGAAUUGGGCUUGAAGUGGCAGAUGUGAUCUGCAAAACACAUAUAUAUGAAAUUUGCAAAAAACAUAAAUAUAUGUAUGUAAUAAAAAAUGAAAUAUGAAAGAUAAAUUCAGAAACAAAGAAUCUGAAAAAACAGCACUCUCUUUUUCUUUUAAAACAUUUUACUAGGUCUCAUUCCUGGAUUUUUUUUUUCACAUUUUAAUUUACAAAGUAUUCUUUGCAUGCAACAAUAUCGGAACAAAAUUCACUCUAUAUUACAGAGAAGAAAGGAUGUAGAAUCAAUAAAACACGGCAUUUGAUGCAGCCUUCCCAUCCUAAUGCUGUCCUGUUGUCUUCUGGUUGAGCUGAAGGUAGAUUUUAUUAUUGGAUAAACAUUCAAAGCGUUUUGUGUUUAGGUUUCUUUAUUGAUUUUGUUUUUCCCUUUGGAAGCAAAAUGCUUUGCAGCCUUUCAACAUUUUAUGGUCUAACUACCAAAGAACUUUAGUUGAUGGCAGAGCAGCACAAAACAAUGCCUUAUUGUGAAGCUGGUUUGAUGCUUUUCCACAUUCUGUUCACAAAUAAAGAACAUUAAAUAUAUUGUG